AUGGCAGCAAACGUCACUCUUGAUUCUAGUCGUGAUCUUCGGCAUACACGAUUGAUUCUUUUAUCGGUGCUUUUCUCAGUUGGUCUCACGGGUUGUUCAAUAGUUAUAUAUUGGUUAAUACGUUAUGCAAGAUGGCACAUGAGAUCAGCACGCAUCUGUUCGCUUAUAUUAAAUUUAGUUAUUGCUAAUCUAUCUGUAUAUAUAUUCGCCACUGGUAUUCAAAUAUUUUGGGAAUUUCAAACAAAUCGACAAUGGCCAUUCAAUGAUUUCCUAUGUCGUAUAACGAAAUUUUUUCAAAGCUUUUCCAUUCUUUCUGCUACAUAUAUCGUCGUUUUGAUGGCUAUUGAUCGUUGUAUUGCAAUAGUAACACCGUUAAAAGCCGGUCAAAUUCGCGUACUCUAUCUCUGUGGUAGCGCAUGGUUGUUAGCGGGCCUUCUAUCAACACCGAAUAUGUUCAUAUUUCAUUUACGCGUCGAUAGCACCGGUCGUCAUUGUACGGCCGGGUUUAAUCAGCACUCGACGCGUACUGGACGUCGGAUCUAUCUGACAUUUAUUUCACUCGUUGUUUAUUUUAUACCGUUUCUUGUUCUUUUUCUUUGCUACACAUUAAUUUUUAUCAAGUUACUAUGGCGUGAACGUGACCAACAGAGUCGAUUGUUUGCCCCAAAAUCAUUUUGUUGCUCGUGGUUAUUGGACACGAAAUCGACUUAUUCACCGCAAAUGACGUUAGAAACAACAAAUGCAAGAUCAGGAUCAACACGUUCAUCUUUCACAGAAUUUGAUGCGCGACGAAAACGUGCCAAUACGUACGCAAAAGCUCGCACAAAGACAUUUCGAAUGAUCAUCGUGCUCGUUCUGUCCAUGAUUAUUUUCGGUGCACCGUAUUACUGUCUAGAAUUGUAUGUUGCUUACACUGGACGGCAUCCGACUGAUCUAGUAACCGCUUUAGCUGGUGGAGCAGCUGUUGCGCCUUCAUCACUAGAUCCAUGGAUAUUUCUUGUUUUCUGGGCUAAUUGGAAUCAACGAGCUAAUAUUGGUAGUAGUCGUCGAUUGGGCAAUGGAAGUUUACAACAAAAACAGCAGCAGCAGCAACAACAACAACAACAACAACAACCAUGCUUACAAGUGCGACGAACGAUGCGAGCAAAUACAACUGGUACAUCAUCAUCGAGUGAUCGGCGUCAACAUCAAAACGUACUUGUUGUUGGCCAAUCACCUAUGCCACCUUAUACGAUAAGAUGGAACUCAACUCAUAAGAAACAAUGCCUGUCGUAA